UCCUCGCUCCUCGCCUCUCGCUGCCGCCGGAGUCGCCGCCGGACUCGGACUCGAUGCCCCGUCUCGCCGCGCCCCUGUGACCCCGCCGCCACACUCCGGGAUGUCGGACUGCGACGCGCCGCGCUUCUCUCAGCGGGAGAACAACAUGGCCGCCGGGCUCUGCGAAGGAUGGGAGUGCUCGGAGGAUGAAGGCCGCCGGCUGAAGAGGAGGGAGAAGAACCGAGUCGCUGCUCAGAAGAGCCGCAAGAGGCAAACCCAGAGAGCCGACCUGCUGCACCAGGCGUGUGAGCUGCUGGAGCAGAGGAACAGGAAGCUGAGGAGGGAGGUGGAUUCUCUGUCCGAGGAGCAGCGCCUGCUGACGGAAGCGCUCUCCACCCAUGAGCCUCUCUGUCCCAUCAUGCACUGCUCCUUCACCUCCAGCGCCUCCUCCGGCCCGCAGAGCGACAGCAUGGCCGCCCGCUGCGUCUGAACACAGCCUGGUCAUUUCUCACUGCUGGAAAAUAUUUUCAAGCAUUCAAAUCAUUUAAACUGUGAUUAUUCUGCCUUCCAGAUCCAAACCUUUUAAAAACGUCUUGCCUGAUGAAGUUUUCCUGACUUAUAUCCUGAACACAUUUGUGGAAAAAGGCUGAAACUCAUCGUUUGUAUGGAAGUUUUACAGUUUGCAUUAAAUUCUGUUUUAAAGAUGAAACUGUUCUUUUCGUUUUUGAGACCCAUCUGUAAACUGACAGCUGCUGUACCGCAUCUGGACCAGCAGAGGGCGCUGUCCACCACAGAGCUGUUCAACUCUGAACUACUGCAAACAGCGCCCUCUGGUGGUGGGUGGUCAUAGUGAACUCCUGGUGGUUUGUGUCCACAAUG